CGCACCCCUUGUCCUUGCAUAGUUGCCCCCUUUUGAUCUGUGUUCGUCUCCGGUUUAAUGGAUGUUAAAGCCACCUCUACUCACACCGGUGGUCUUCAACUAGGAGAUGCAGUGGAGGUGAAGUCGCCACUUGAGUACUCCGACCACCCCCGAUCUGAACCACAUCUUUCAGAUCUGAAAAGUGUAAAGUCCAUUCGAAUUUUGGAUCUGAAAAAAAAGCCUUGGGUAAACCCAGUGAUCGUUCGGUUCAGUGAUUGUUCCACUGAAACAGAUCCUUAUUGGCGGUUGAGGAAAAAGUACGGCUCCAACCUGGUGAGUGACACGUUCGAAGGGCUGGAUGGCUUGGAGGACUCAGGG